GGCGGCAAGACCUCGUCACUAAUUGUUUGUAUGGUCCUUAAUCAAAGUUGCUGUUUGUUUUAUUGAAAAUGGUAUACAGUAUAGAAAUAGUUGUUUCAUUUGUAUGUAUAUAAAGCAUUCGAUUUUUUCCGAAGUUCAGUGAAUGUCUCAACAGUGGCUCACAAGCUAAUGCUAGCAAGCUAACGGCCGCAGUAACUCGUCCGUUUUUUUGUCAACCACUUCUCACAUUUGCGGCAGAUCUAAGGAGAGCAAAUGGAGUGGUUCCACUGUAACAAGUGCUUCAUAAGACGUGGCUCAACGUUUGCAGUUUCUACCUGUGGACACAUCUGCUGUGAAGCUUGCAUUAAAUCUUCCCAAGCUGCGAAAUGCGGCAUAUGUGGAGCCAGCUGCAAAUAUAUUCCCAUCACAGACAAGAUGAAACCGCAGGACAAGAUGUUUUUCAUGGACCCCGUGGAGCUCCUGGUUUCACGGCUAGAACGCGUUUUACAGAUUACCGAUUUUCAACGGGCGCAAAUGGAGCGGACGACGGCGUAUUUCAAACACAAGUCUGUCGAACUAGAAAAGUGCCUGAAAGAAGUCACUCAGCAGAGUUACAGGCAAAUAGCUGAAUUGAAAAGAGAGAAUGCUGAUUUAAAAAGCCAAAAUAUGGAGUUGCAAAGAGAGAUGGCACAGUUGAAGAAGCCUCUCUCACAGAGGGUGGGUUCUCCUUCACCCUUUCAAACAAAUGGCGUUCGAAGGAUCUCACUUCCUGUGGCUGUCACUCCCCCUGUUACUGCUCACUCAAGAACGAUAAGUCCAAUGUGGCCCAGAAACAGAGGUCUUGGUCUUGCAUCUCGUAGAAGUCCUGGAUCCAUCACUUCUUUGUCUAGCCACAGCCCUUUUCUUUAACACGGACACAGUAAGUUGGAAUUUCUUUCGUUCCCUGUCAUUCAUUCGUGCAUAUGAAGUUUGUCCGAAUAUUAAAUGUCUUGGUGCUGCUUGUUGUUUUUAAAGGGACCACAAUUCCCAACACAAGGUAAGAAACACACUUCAUCUUUUUGUCGCAUUUGCAUCUUCCCCUCUUCGAUUUGUGUCGUCCACAGAAGCCCAAGCAGCUUCCAGUUCAUCAAAUGGCUGCUUAAUCAGUACACUCACCUAGGCGUUAAUCAAACCCGUUGAAGCAGGCUUUUUUUUUUUUUUUUUGGUCCAGUUCAGUUGUUGCACUGCGUUGUUUUCCAUGGAGUAAUUUGUCAAUCAUAUGAUGUCACACGUAUGCUAUUGAAGAUGAAAAGAAAUGGAACGUUGUGCUGUUCUUAAGUACGGUUACUUUCAAGUAAAAGUAUUUCAACAGAUUAGCCAAGUGAAUUGUGUUUGGGAUACAUACUGCAGAGGUGAAUG